AUGGCUACGAAACGGAUGAACGUUCUUGUCUACUCUGGUGCGCUCACUCAGGAAGCAUGGCGAGCCAAUGAAAAUCUAAUGCUCUCAGGAAACGGAAGUACCGUGGAAUCAGUUCGACAUUGUCUCUAUACCCUUCGAAGACUGUUGUCGCCCAACUAUGCUGUUAUUCCGGUCACCGGCGACAUGAUCAUCAAAGAGCCUUGGACGGCGACAUGCGCUGCUCUAGUAUUCCCGGGCGGAGCUGACCAGGGAUAUUGCAAUACCCUCAAUGGCGAGGGCAAUAGGCGGAUUCGUCAAUUUGUUGAGCGUGGUGGAAAUUACAUCGGCUUUUGUGCUGGUGGCUAUUAUGGAAGCAGUCGAUGCGAAUUCGAGGUUGGCGAUAAGCUGAUGGAAGUAAUUGGCGACAGAGAACUUCAAUUCUUUCCUGGUAUUGCUCGAGGUUGUGCAUUUCCGGGAUUUGUCUAUCAUAGCGAGAAGGGUGCUCGGGCUGCAGACCUGAAGGUCGACAAGACUGUCAUGUCAGCUGGGACUGUGCCCAAGGUCUUCAAAUCCUACUACAACGGAGGCUGCGUUUUUGUGGACGCACCAAAGUUCAAGAGUCAGGGUGUUGAAGUCCUUGCGAGUUACACGGAACAUGUCGCUGUGGAUUCGGGCGAAGGCUCUGCUGCCGUUGUAUAUUGCAAGGUCGGUCAAGGUGCAGCAUUACUGACGGGUCCACAUCCAGAGUUCGUCUUUCUGGGGAAGCCAGCUGAUGACUGGUCACUGACGAAGCCUAGGUUCGCCUCAGCCAACCUGGAAUCCAAGCCAGAUGUCCCCGGAUUUUCAGACGUGAUCAAGACCCUGGCCGCCGAUGAGAAACACAGAAUGGAUUUUGUCAAGGCAUGUCUGACCAAGCUUGGUCUUACAGUGAGCGACGACCAAAAUGUACCAUCCCUCUCCUAUAUGCACCUUUCCUCUUACACGCCGUCCGACACAACACAGCUGUUGGCCUCAUUGCAGCAUCUCAUCGAGAAGGACGAAGAACAGCAAGACUUCCUGAGGGACGACAAUGACACAUUUCACAUUAUCAAACCGUCCGCAUGGGAAACGAAAGAUUUAGCAGAAGCAUUGCCGUUACAGGUUGAUAACAAGAGAUCUGCUAACGAGCUGGAUGGCAGCUCCGAUCGAAUAGUCGACUAUAAUACGGUCACCAAACAUAUAAUCGUACACGACAACAGCCAGCCAGAGUCCAAGUCAACGCCAUAUUUUAAUCAUCGUGCCUUUUACGCAAACCUUGAACAUUAUCAAAGUCAGUUCCCCAGCACUUCAACGUUUGGCGCACAUUUACUUUAUGGCGAAGUGGUGACUUCAACAAACACAUUACUCGAAAAGAACACCAAAUUGCUUCGAAACCUCCCCCAAGGCUUCACAGCCACGGCCACGGUACAAGUCGCUGGAAGAGGCCGGGGAUCCAAUGUGUGGGUAUCGCCUCCUGGGAGCCUCAUGUUCAGCACUGUCAUCCGGCAUCCCAUGACAAAAAUGCAGGCUGCUCCAGUUGUGUUCGUUCAGUACUUGGCAGCGAUGGCGAUAGUACAAGGAAUAAAAUCUUACGAUGGCGUCCGUUACAAAGACAUGCCAAUCAAGUUGAAGUGGCCAAAUGACAUCUUCGCAUUGGAUCUCGCAAAGGCCGAGGAGAAUGGUGGCGAUAGAAACGAAAAUUACACCAAAAUUGGCGGCAUCCUUGUGAACAGUCACUACAAUAGCAAGGAGUAUAUCGCCGUGUGUGGAAUCGGUCUGAACACUGCCAACGCUGCUCCAACCAUAUCAUUGAACCAGCUCAUACAAUUCCUUCCGCGCAAAGUUGAGCCAUUCACACUGGAAAAGCUGCUGGCCAGGAUUCUGACGGUUUUCGACGACCUCUAUGCGCGAUUUCUGGUCACAGGAUUUGAUGAAACCAUGGAAAAGAUCUAUUACGAGCAUUGGUUGCACAUGGACCAAAUUGUCACGCUCGAAGCCGAAGGUGGCCAGCGAGCACGCAUCAAAGGGAUUACGAGAGACUAUGGCCUACUCAUUGCUGAAGAGCUGGGCUGGGAAGACCGAGAGACCGGUAGAAGAUGGACUUUACAAAGCGACGCCAACAGUUUCGACUUUUUCAAAGGCCUCGUGAAGGUAUGUGGCCCUUGCUGCGGAGAGCCUAAUUUGCAGCUCAGCCCGAGGACAAAAGCCCUCAUUGUCUUUGCCUCAACGUGA